UGCAAGGAAGAAGGAAGAGACUGUCAAACAUGGCGACAUGAAAGUUGAGACAAAUUUUAGAAAAAUCUCCAUUUUCUCUGUUUUUCUGUCUUCAUGAUGGACCUUGUAGGCUACCGUGUUGUACGAGGGCCUGACUGGAAGUGGGGAAAGCAAGAUGGAGGCGAAGGUCAUGUGGGUACGGUGAGAAACUUUGAGAGCAACCAAGAAGUUGUGGUUGUUUGGGAUAAUGGUACUGCCGCCAACUAUCGAUGCUCUGGUGUUUAUGACUUAAGGAUCUUAGACAGCAGUCCAACCGGCAUUAAACAUGAUGGGACUAUGUGCGAUGGAUGUCGUAUGCAGCCUAUUUUUGGGUUAAGGUGGAAGUGCGCUGAAUGUAACAAUUAUGACCUCUGCUCUCUAUGUUACCAUGGUGACAAGCAUCAGCUUAGACAUCGAUUUUACAGAAUCAGUCAACCAGGUGCAGAAAGAAUUCUUGUUGAAGCUAGAAGGAAGAGCAAAAAGAUCACAGCACGUGGGAUAUACCCUGGUGCACGAGUUGUUAGAGGAGUAGACUGGCAAUGGGAAGACCAGGAUGGUGGUCCUGGUCGACGUGGUAAAGUUACAGAACUCCAGGAUUGGAGUGCCAACAGUCCUCGUAGUGCGGCAUACAUCAUCUGGGAUAAUGGAGCAAAGAAUCUUUAUAGGGUUGGCUUUGAAGGGAUGUCUGAUCUGAAGGUCAUUAGUGAUGGCAAAGGARGUUCAUUGUACAGGGAUCAUCUACCAUUACUUGGUGAUAACCGACCAGGAAGCCAGACUGCCGCUCAAGGCUUACAAAUUGGUGACCAAGUAACUGUUGAUCUUGACCUUGAGAUUGUCCAGUCUCUACAGCAUGGUCAUGGUGGAUGGACAGAUGGCAUGUAUGAGACAUUGACAACCGCAGGUACAGUUGUUGGUAUUGAUGAAGAUCAUGACAUUGUGGUCCUUUAUCCCAGUGGUAACAGAUGGACAUUCAACCCAGGUGUGUUGACCAAAUCAAGUAGUUCAACCUCUACUGACAGCAGUGCUUCUUCUGUUGAGCCAUUAUUACAGCCAUCAGUGUCAAACACGUCAACAGGAUCCUCUACCAGUCCAUCGCCUUUCGCUGUGGGUGAUCUGGUUCAAGUCACUAAUGACAUGGAACGAGUCAAGGUGUGGCAAAGAGGACAUGGUGAAUGGGCAGAGGCAAUGAUCCCUACUCUGGGUAAAAUAGGACGAGUACAGCAGAUCUACAAUGACAAUGACCUAAAGGUUGAGAUCUGUGGAACCUCAUGGACCUACAAUCCCUUGUGUGCAACCAAGGUAGCAUCUACUGGUGACUCUACAUCCCUAGGGGAAGCUACAGGAGAGCGUCUGUCCGUUCUCCUCAAGAAGCUAUUUGAGACGCAUGUGUCAGGUGAUGCGGUAGAAGAACUGGUGAAGGCUGCUGCUAAUGGAGACACGUCGAGCAUUGAGGAACUGAUGAGCAAGACUGAUGUAGAUGCGAAUGGUGUCUUUGCUGGUCAUACAGCUCUCCAAGCUGCUAGUCAAAAUGGACACGAAGACGUUGUUCGAGUUUUAUUGCGUUACAAAGCUGAUUUAGAAAAGGAGGACAAAGAUGGCGAUAGAGCCAUCCAUCAUGCAGCAUUUGGUGACGAGUCUGGUGUUGUCGAGCAGUUAGUUCUUGCAGGAGCAGACAUUAAUGCCAGGAACAAGCGUCGCCAGUCUCCUUUACAUGUGGCCGUUAAUAAAGGCCAUAUAUCUGUCGUAAAGUCACUAUUAAAGCUCCAUGCUCAUCCUAGUUUACAGGACUCUGAGGGUGACACGCCGUUACACGACGCCAUCUCCAAGAAGAGAGAUGAUAUGGUUACUAUGCUACUAGAAUCGAGUGCAGACGUUUCCAUUGCUAAUAAUAAUGGUUUUAAUUCUCUUCACCAUGCUGCGCUACGGGGAAAUCCAAGCGCGAURCGAAUACUGUUGGACAAGCUUCCUCGUCCUUGGAUUGUCAACGAAAAGAAAGACGAUGGUUAUACAGCUUUACACCUGUCGUCACUCAACAACCACGUGGAAGUUGCUGAACUACUUGUCAAACAGGGUAAGGCUAACAAGGACGUACAGAAUGGCAAUCUACAAACACCUCUGCAUUUAGCUGUGGAAAGACAACAUACUCAAGUAGUUAGACUGCUUGUACGCGAGGGGUGUAAACUUGAUAUCCAAGACAAAGAUGGAGAUACUCCUCUUCACGAAGCAUUGAGGCACCAUACAUUAUCGCAGCUACGACAGCUACAGGACAUGCAAGAUGUCGGCAAGUUAUUAAUGGGGUUAGGUACCCAGGGAACAGACAAGAAGAGUAGCGCAUCAAUAGCACUGUUUCUCGCUGCUAAUGGCGCCGACUUGACUAUGAAAAACAGCAAAGGACAGACACCUCUGGACUUGUGCCCAGACCCCAAUCUUUGUAAAGCACUUGCUAAAUGCCGCAAGGAUAAGGGGAUCGCCAAGAACCAAUUAAACAUAUCUCAAACAGAAAUCAACGAAGAAGCGUUACAAGAAUGCGUGGUUUGUUCGGACAACAAGAGAGACACGCUGUUUGGACCGUGUUUCCACGUGACUACUUGCUCACUGUGCUCUCCUCGGGUAAAGAAAUGUCUGAUGUGUAAAGAACCGGUGCAAUCAAGGACCAAGAUCGAAGAGUGUAUGGUUUGUUCAGAGAGGAAGGCCAAUCUUUUAUUCAAACCUUGUGGACAUAUAUCUGCAUGUGAAGUCUGCGGUUCUCUGAUGAAAAAGUGUAUUCAGUGCCGUGAAGACAUCGAGGAGAUGGUACCGUUUAUCGUCUGCUGUGGAGGAAAAGCUCCUUCACCGUUGUCCGAAAAAGCGUCCAACAAACAAGAGAUCAGCACGCAAGAUCUGACACAGUUACAGCAGCAGCUGCAAGAUAUGAAAGAACAGACCAUGUGUCCAGUAUGCAUGGACAGACGAAAGAACCUGAUAUUCCUGUGUGGACACGGCACGUGCCAGCUGUGUGGAGACAGGAUGCAAGAAUGUCCAAUGUGUAGAAAACCGGUGGAAAGACGGAUUCUACUCUUUUAACCGGCCAAGAAAUGUCCAACAUUUAUAGAGAAUUAUUAUUCAGAGAUCCCAGUCAAAUGACAAACACAUGGUGACGGAAGUCCAUAAAUAGUCUAGUUAUGAACUUCUGAUGGCGGCCAUGUUGGAGGCUAAUGAGAAAUAUUUUGUUUGAAUACCACCAACAUUAUUAUUAUUCAGAGAUAGUUCGAGUCACAUGAUAAACAAAUGGUGGCAGAAGUCCAUAACUAGUCUAGUUAUGAACUUCUGAUGGCGGCCAUGUUGGAGGCUAAUGAGAAGAAUAUUUUGUUAAAAUACCACCAAUAUGAUAGUCUUAUUAAACUAGGCUACCGUAUAGACCCCUUGCAGGGGUAUGCAGCUCAAUUUGGAUGACAUAAUGAUGGUUUCCAAUUCUCAUGAGAUUGAAAUUCUUUUGUUUUGUCCUCCAAAUUAAGCUGCUUUGACGUCACAUGCAAGGGGUCUAUUGAUAUUUUUUACUACAUCUUUGCUUGAUGGAGAAUGACCGGUUUAUCACAGGUAACCCGGUAAUAAUCUUAUAACAGCUGCCAUUAAUAUUGAAAAUCCUUAUUCCGCAUUAGCGUGACCGUAACGUGACCACAGCGUGACCAAUGUCAGUUCUACUGUGUGUUUACCGUGAUGGUAUUGUUGUUUUGUGUUGUUAACAUGAUUCUCUUGUGUCAUUACUGUCGUUAACUCAUAGCUAGCUUGACCAUCAUGGGCUCGUACCUUGACUGUAGGCAAUAGCGUGACAUCAACGUAACCAAUGCCACUAGUCGCUACCGUGUACGUUCUUACUGUGACAAUAAUGUGUUUUUGUUAGUGAUUUGAUUGAGGCAUAUCGUUACGAAACCGUGGGAUCGCGUGACAGUUGUUCGUUACAGUACCGUAUCGUACCAUGUGCGGUAUCAGCUGAUAAGCCACCUUAUCUGUAGCAUAAGCUAUGUGGGAUAUGUUUAUUUGACAAACAAAAAUAUAUGUAAAUAAGCACUUUAAACACAUUCAAAUACAAAACACAGCAUUUGAUUAUA